AUGGCGAGCAUGCGGCCGCCGCAGCCGCAGGCCAUCGCCAAGGUCUCCAUCUCGGCGCUGGUGAUCUCCCUGCCCAUCAUCUACAUGUCGCUGCUGCGCGUGCCGCCGUCCGCGCUCGCAAGGGAUUCCACCUUCUGGUUCCUCAUGUCCCACUCUAUCAUCGCCAUCAUCGCCGCCGACUCCGGCGUGCUCUUCUUCAGCCCCGCCUCCCACCACCAGUACGACGACGACCACGACAACCUCCCCGACGUCGUCGUUCGCUGUGAUCAGCCGGUGGCGACCGUCCAAGGGGACUACUGUGACGCGACGUCGGUGCUGCUGAUGGCACCCCACGAGUCAACGGCACCGGUCGAUAUAUCCACUAGUGUCGUCGCAGGAGGCGGUGACCAGCCAUCAUGGACUGGCACGGAGGAGGAGGGGCAUGCGCUGGCUUUGACCAAAGGUGAAGGUGCCGCGAGCACGCCGAAAACUGACACGGACCAUACGUCGGUUCUUGAUAAGCGUGACGAAGAAGAAGAAGAAGCGCCCGAACCAGCUAGCACCAACAAGAGCGAUGCAACGAUGGCGGAAGGCGAUCAGUGGGCAACACCACAAGCUCAUAUUACAGUAACACCUGAUGAUCAAGAUGAGGACUCCGUCGAAAAGAUGAAGCUCCGGUGCUCGGCUACAGAGGAGACCGACAAGGUGCCGCCAUCAGAGGAGGAGCGCGAGUAUUGGCAGCUGAGCGACGAGGAGCUCAACCGGAAGGUUGAGGAGUUCAUCACGCGGUUCAACCGAGACAUGCUCGAGCAGGAAGCAGCAGUCUGCUGA